AUGUUGGGCCUGCCCCCCUCAGCCAGCCAUGGCACCUCUGACGCCUCUCACAUCAGCAUAGAUCGGGCAUGGGCUGUGGCAGAGGUGGGAGCUGUGGCCAGAGGGGCUGAAGAGUCAGUGGUUGUCGAGGCCCAACGGACACACACUGCUCUGGAGCAGCUGCAGCAGAAGAUCUUGAAGAUCACUGAGCAGAUUCGCAUAGAACAGGAGGCACGAGAUGACAACGUGGCUGAGUACUUCAAACUGGCCCACAAUGCCAAUAGGCAUCAGGCUUUCCGUAUCAGACAGGUGUUUGAAAAGAAGAACCAGAAGUCUGCACAGACCAUCACCCACCUGCACAAGAAGCUAGAGCAUUAUCACAAGAAGCUGAAGGAGCUACAGCAGCAUGGUCUAGGCCAGCAGCAUAACGAUGUGCUGGUGGACAUGCAGCAGGGGCUGAAGGAUGUAGGGGCCAACAUACGAGCAGGGAUCAGUGGCUUUGGUGGAGGUGUGGUGGAGGGGGUCAAAGGAGGGGUGUCUGAACUCACCCAUACUGCUGUGGUAUCUAAACCAACAGAGUUUACCAGCUUGAUCUGCAACAAAUUUGACAGCACAGACACCAUAGAGGACGCUGUAGAGGGGCAUUCAGACGACGCACCCCUGAGUGGCAGCUUCACCUUGGCCUCCAGCCCCAAGUACGGCAGUAAUGACGAGUGCUCCAGUGACGGUAGUGAUGACGAGUGCUCCGGGGCUGGGGGACAAGAGGGGAUGUUAGGGCUGGGGCCAGCCAGGCUGGAUGGGCACCACCGUCACAGUUCCUGGGACGCCCAGCUGGUAGACCUGCAGGAGAUCAAAGCCAGCCAGGCCCACAUGGAGGACGCCAUCGAGGACAUGAAGAGUCAGCUGCAGAGUGACUACUCCUACAUGAACCAGUGCCUGCAGGAGGAGAGAUACAGGUAUGAGCGACUGGAAGAGCAGCUGAAUGACCUGACAGAGCUGCACCAGAAGGAGAUGUCCAACCUGAAACAUGAGCUGGCCAGCAUGGAGGAGAAAGUGGCCUACCAGUCUGAUGAGAUAACCCGAGACUCUCAGGAAGCAUUGGAGUCGUGCCUGACCCGCAUCACUAAGUUGGAGCUCCAGCAGCAGCAGCAGCAGGUGGUGCAGUUGGAGGGCGUGGAGAACGCCAACGCCAACGCCCGCGCCCUGCUGGGCAAAUUCAUCAAUAUCAUCCUGGCACUCAUGGCCGUAGUGCUGGUGUUCAUCUCCACCCCAGCCAACUUCAUCACUCCGCUCAUAAAGACCCAAGAUCGGGGGGCCGCCACCAUCCUACUGGCCUUUUUUCUGUUCGUCCUUUGGAAGCACUGGGACUUCCUAGUGCUCUGGCUACUGCCAGGCUGAACCCUCCACAGGCCAACACCUACACACAUUGUUUAAACUUGA